AUGUACCCGUGGUCCCUGAUUCCCCCUUGCAUAUCCAACCCUGCCAGCAUCAGCACAAAGCACAGCAACACCAGCGACGCAAGCGACAUGACACAGUACACCAUGGACCUCGAUGAUCAGCCGACCUUCCUACACCUCUGCACGCUCGAUGCCCUCCCAAACUCUGCCCCCGACCUCGACCUCUCCUCCCUCCGUGACAUCUCCAAGAGACUCCGGGACAGCCUCAAGCUCCAGCACAGCAGCGAGCUCGUGACGGGCUCGGAGGAGUGGCGGGAGGCCAAGUACGGGUGUCCCCCGAGGAGCAAGCAGCUUGCGGCGCUGAGGCACUCGAUGGAGCUGCUGGCGGAGAGGACGAGACGACGGGUGGUAUCAGCGACGGGGGAGGACCUCGUGCUAUGGCAGGGGUCAGUGUAG